CUGGCCGGGGAGGGUCGGAGGCUGGGCUCUCCUCUCCCGCGCGGCGCGGAGCCGCCUCGCUCCUCCGCAGGCGGAGCCUCCUUCCCCCGCCCCCUCCGUCUCGCUCCCUUGUUCUCGCCGGGGCCGCUCAGACCUGCAGCGGAGCCGCGGCGCCGGCUCCGAUCGGCUCGGGGCUGCACCCCCGGGACCCGGCGUCUGGGGCGGGCGGGGGCGCUCCGCGCCAGGCUGGGCCCCUCGGCACUGCCAGCCUCCAUCUCCAGCAUCCCUGCUCAGAGUUGACUGACUGAAGAUUUAUCAGCUUGGAGGGCUGGAGGUGCGGAUCCAUGGGGUAGCCCCAACGCAUUGGCCCCUCCAUCCCAGCCAGCUCAUGGGCCACCUGGCCAGGCCCAGCCUCAGCUCCCAGGGCCGGUGAACAGAGCCCUGGCCAAGCCCAAACAUGUGGGGCCUGGUGAGGCUCCUGGUAGCCUGGCUGGGUGGUUGGGGCUGCAUGGGGCGCCUGGCAGCCCCAGCCUGGGCCUGGGCAGGGUCCCGGGGGGGGGCCGGGCCUGGACUGCUGCGGACCCGAAGGAGCUGGGUCUGGAACCAGUUCUUUGUCAUUGAGGAAUAUGCCGGUCCAGAGCCUGUCCUCAUUGGCAAGCUGCACUCAGAUGUGGACCAGGGCGAAGGGCGCACCAAGUACCUGCUGACCGGGGAAGGGGCAGGCACCGUCUUUGUGAUUGACGAGGCCACUGGAAACAUCCAUGUCACCAAGAGCCUGGACCGGGAGGAGAAGGCACAGUAUGUGCUACUUGCCCAGGCCGUGGACCGAGUGUCCAACCGGCCCCUGGAGCCCCCAUCAGAGUUCAUCAUCAAGGUGCAAGACAUCAAUGACAACCCACCUGUCUUUCCCCUCGGACCUUACCAUGCCACAGUGCCCGAGAUGUCCAACGUCGGGACGUCAGUGAUCCAGGUGACCGCUUACGACGCCGAUGACCCCAGCUAUGGAAACAGUGCCAAGCUGGUGUACACUGUGCUGGAUGGACUCCCUUUCUUUUCUGUGGACCCCCAGACUGGAGUGGUGCGCACCGCCAUCCCCAACAUGGACCGGGAGACGCAGGAGGAGUUCUUGGUGGUGAUCCAGGCCAAGGACAUGGGCGGCCACAUGGGGGGGCUGUCGGGCAGCACUACGGUGACAGUCACCCUCAGCGAUGUCAACGACAACCCUCCCAAGUUCCCUCAGAGCCUAUACCAGUUCUCUGUGGUGGAGACAGCUGGGCCAGGCACCCUGGUGGGCCGACUGCAGGCCCAGGACCCAGACCUGGGGGACAACGCCCUCAUGGCAUACAGCAUCCUGGAUGGGGAGGGGUCCGAGGCCUUCAGCAUCAGCACAGACUCCCAGGGUCGAGAUGGGCUCCUCACCAUCCGCAAGCCCCUAGACUUUGAGACCCGGCGCUUCUACUCCUUCCGUGUAGAGGCCACCAACACACUCAUUGACCCGGCCUACCUGCGGCGAGGGCCCUUCAAGGACGUGGCCUCAGUGCGCGUGACUGUGCAGGAUGCCCCGGAGCCACCCGCCUUCUCCCAGACGGCCUACCACCUGGCAGUGCCCGAGAACAAGGCUCCCGGGACCCUGGUGGGCCGGGUCUCAGCCUCUGACCUGGACUCCCCGGCCAGCCCAAUCAGGUACUCCAUCCUCCCCCACUCGGAUCCCGAGCGUUGCUUCUCCAUUGAGCCAGAAGACGGCACCAUCCGCACUGUGGUGCCCCUAGACCGUGAGGCUCACGUCUGGCACAACCUCACAGUGCUGGCCACGGAGCUCGACAGCUCUGCCCAGGCCUCCCGGGUGCAAGUGGCUGUCCAGACCCUGGAUGAGAAUGACAAUGCCCCCCAGCUGGCUGAGCCCUAUGACACCUUUAUAUGUGACUCUGCAGCCCCUGGCCAGCUGAUUCAGGUCAUCCGGGCCCUGGACAGAGACGAGGUCGGCAACAGCAGCCAUGUCUCUAUUCAAGGCCCUCUGGGCCCUGAGGCAAACUUCACAAUCCGGGACAACCGAGAUGGCUCUGCCAGCCUGCUGCUGCCUGCCCGCCCUGCUCCGCCUCGCCAGGCCCCCUACCUAGUUCCCAUAGAACUGUGGGACUGGGGUCAGCCGGCACUGAGCAGCACUGCCACGGUGACAGUCAGUGUGUGCCGCUGCCGGCCCGACGGCUCUGUGGCAUCCUGCCGGCCUGAGGCUCAGCUCUCACCCGCUGGGCUCAGCACCGGGGCCCUGCUUGCCAUCGUCACCUGUGUGGUCACCCUGCUUGCCCUGGUGGUGCUUUUUGUGGCCCUGCGGCGACAGAAGCAGGAAGCACUGAUGGUGCUGGAGGAGGAGGACGUCCGUGAGAACAUCAUCACCUACGACGACGAGGGCGGCGGCGAGGAGGACACCGAGGCCUUCGACAUCACGGCCCUGCAGAACCCCGACGGGGCGGCCCCGCCGGUCCCCGGCCCGCCCGCGCGCCGCGACGUGCUGCCCCGGGCCCGGGCGCCGCGCCAGCCCAGGCCACCGGGCCCCGCCGACGUGGCUCAGCUGCUGGCGCUGCGGCUCCGCGAGGCGGACGAGGACCCCAGUGUGCCUCCCUACGACUCGGUGCAGGUGUACGGCUACGAGGGCCGCGGCUCGUCCUGCGGCUCCCUCAGCUCCCUGGGCUCCGGCAGCGAGGCCGGCGGCACCCCCGGCCCCGCUGAGCCGCUGGACGACUGGGGUCCGCUCUUCCACACUCUGGCGGAGCUGUAUGGGGCCAAGGAGCCCCCGGCCCCCUGAGAGCCGGCCCUGGCCCUGGCCCUGCCCGCCACGGUGGGGCAGCCCGCACAGGCCCUCUGAGUGAGCCCCACAGCGUCCAGGCAGGCGGCAGCAGCCCAGGGACCCCCAGGCCUCCACCCAGACCUUUCUCCCUCUUCCCCAGACAACCUUGCUCUUACCUCCUUCUCCUGAGUCGGUCUGUAUGUCUCUCUCCGAGACUCUGUCUCUGGGUGUGUCUUGGCUUCUCUCUGGCCCUGUCUGUGACACACUCUCCCCGCCAAUGGCCCCUCUCUGUCUGGGUCUCGAUUUUGUGGCUCUGGUCUGAGCCUCUCUGUUCUUUCACUGUGAUUUCUCUUUCUCCAUGGCUGUUUUUGUCUCUCUCAUACACCCUCUCUCUGUCUCCCUUGCCCACACACGUGCUCUGUGUCUGUCUCCUGCCCACAUAUCCCCUCCUUCUUCUGGGUCCCUAUGACUGGCUUUUUGAAUUUUUUUUUUUUCCGUUGUCCAUCCCAAAAGCAAGAGAACCUUCCAGCCAGUGCUGCCCACCCUGCUGCAGGAGAUGCUCUGCCCCAGACCUGCCCGCAUGGUUCCAUCCAUCACUCAUGGCCUCAUCCUGGCUCCACUGGCCUCCAGCAGCAGAGAGAGGGAGCCGGCCCCACCUCCCAG